CACUACUCUAAUCGAUACUAUACGUGAUAAUGUUGAUUCACUUAACAAGCUAGAAGGAAAGUCUCCUGUGCCCGCCGCUGUCCAAGGAAGAAAGACAAAAAUAUUGGAACAAAUCGCGGCUAAAAUGCCAGACCUUUUAUGUCAGAAAGAUGAAAAGGGCAGAAAUGCACUUCACUUGGCAUCGCUCAUAGGUUAUCUAGAGGGAGUUCAAUUCCUAUUGAAGAAAAUUAGGAAUGGUGCAUUUGAAUAUGACGACGAAGGACUCUACCCCAUCCAUGUCGCUAGCAAAAAUGGCCAUGUUAAAGUUGUGAAAGAAUUGAUAAAUCUGUGGCCCGAUCCGAAAGAAUUCCUGACUAAAAAAUCGAAGAACAUUCUUCAUGUGGCUGCAGAGAACGACCGAGAAAAUGUCGUGGGGUACAUACUCCGAAAUCUCGAGCUAGGACUUCUUCUAAAUGGGAAAGAUGAGGAUGGAAAUACGCCUUUCCAUUUGGCAACCAAAAAUGGUUGUCGUAGGGCAGUUCUUGCUCUAAUUCAAGACAGACGGGUUCAGAAAGAGCGCGUAAACAGCGAAAACAUGACACCAUUUGAUGUUGUUGUGGGACAAUGUCAAAAGGUUGAAGCAGAAUACUUUGAAAGCCCUAUUUCAAAUGGAAAGGACAAGCAGCCUACAACAACCAAUUGUGGUGAUAUCCCCUGGAAGGACCAUCCAGUUAAUGCAAAGUUGGUGGACCAUGAAAAGAGUACUCGACCUAAAGCAGUGGACUUGAAGGAUUCUAAACAACUAGAUUAUAAUGACUUGAUGAUGAUAUUCUCGAUCUUUUCGUGGUUCACUAAACGUUCAUACCCCUUUGAUGAAAUCAUACACGCUCAACGCAAGCCCUUCUCAAAAGAGGACAUGAUCAAAAAGAUAGAUACUCUUCUUGUGGUGGCAAUACUUGUUUCCGGCGUAACCUUUGCCGGUGUUAUCCAGCUACCUCAACCAGGUCACGGUGGUGGUAAAAGUAUUAAGGUUUUGCUAAGCAUGUAUGUUGGUUUGGACGUUCUCGCUUUUCUUUCUGCCACAUCAGCAGCUAUAAUCCUUUGUUACGCACAAUUAAAUGAUAUCAAAUUUUCCACUCCUGCAAUUUGGUAUGCCUCAGCAAUUGUUGGUUACUCUAUGUACAUGAUGUUCCUGGCAUUCUUAUUUGCUGCUGUUCUAGCAGUAAGGGAAAAUCUUCCGUUCGUGGCGAUUAUCAUUCUGGUCGGAGUAGUUUUCUUCGUUUAUCAAACUUUUUUUUACAUACUAUGGCUGAUUCCUCCUGCAAUAAACCGAGUUGUACAUGCACUCUUCUCGAUUUCCCUCCACAAGUUGAUGUUCUUAUAUACUUAUGUUGUGGAAAAGUGGCUUGAGAUCUUAAAGAAACCCAAUCAACCGGAAGAGCAGCUAGCUAGCUAGCUAGCUAUUCUAGAAGUUGCCUGCAGAGGGUGGCAGUCUUGCAUGCCUGCUUCUUUUACUUCUAAUUAAUUAUAUCUAAGAGAAGAUGUUGUCUUGUGAUACGUAAUAUAUAUAAAACAUCAUGUAUUACGUUUUUCAGAGAUUGUAACAAUUUGAUUUUAUGUCUCUGUAAUAA